AUGAAGCACAUGAAGAGUAAGAGAGAGCUCCAGAGUCGUCUUCAUCUCAUUCACUGCAGACAACAACACCUGAUGAAGAAAAUGUUUCUCAUGUUUGUUUAUCUCUCUUUGUGUUUCUGCUGUCUGAUGGGUGUGUUUGGUGAUGAAGUGAAGUCAGUGUCAGUGAUGGAGGGAGAUUCUCUUACUCUUUACAGUAAUGUUACUGAAAUACAGAGAGAUGAUCGGAUACAGUGGAUGUUUGAAUCUCAAGAGACUAGUUUAGCUAAAAUCAACAAAGAAAAAAAUAUCUCAAUAUAUGCUGAUGUUCUUGAUGGGAGAUUCAGAGACAGACUGCAGGUGAAUGAUCAGACUGGAGAUCUCACCAUCACAAACAUCACAACUCAACACACUGGAAUUUAUAAUGUAACCAUCAGGGGCAAACAGAAGACCUCAUACAGAUUCAAUGUUACUGUCUAUGCUCAUCUGCCCGUUCCUGUCAUCAGGAGAAACUCUUCACAAUGUUCUUCAUCAUCAUCAAUCAUCUCACACUGUUCAUUGUUGUGUUCAGUGUUGAAUGUGAGAGAUGUGAGUCUGUCCUGGUACAAAGGAAACAGUUUAUUGUCAAUCAUCAGUGUGUCUGAUCUCAACAUCAGACUCUCUCUACCUCUGGAGGUUGAAUAUCAGGAUAACAACACAUACAGCUGUGUACUCAACAAUACCAUCACAAACCAAACUCAACAUCUCAACAUCACUCAUCUCUGUCAGCCGUGUUCAGAUAUCACCUUCAUGAAUAAACUUCUGAUCUGUUGUGCUGUUGUUGGAUGUCUGAUGAUUGUAGUUGCAGUUCUGAUCUUCUGCAUCGACAGGAAAAACAGAAACACACAGCAACACGUUCAGACUGGUAAAGAGGAAAUCACUUACACCGAAACAACUUUAAAUCAAAAACAAAGAUGUAAACCGAGCGUUCCAAUGGAGGAUAAUGUGCUGUAUGACGGAGUCAAGAUAUUGUAAAACCCAACUGAAUAUUAAAAUAUUAUCAAUAACACUGUGAUAAAAAGAAUCAAAGUGGUUUUAAAACACAAUGGGCCUCAUUUAUCAAUCUAAUGUAUAAACAAGCGUAAAUCCAUCCACAAAUGUCACUUUACGACGGAGUGAUUCAUAAAACAUGCUGUAAAUCUCAUCCUACGAAUGAUCCCGUUGAUAAAUGUUGCGGAUGAAAACGAUCAUUAUUUCAAUAUCAUGACCAUAUAAAUGAAGCCUCGCAUCUAGAGUUUACUACACGAAGAAACGCUCGGCCACGCAUAAGAACUAUUAAGCCCCUCCAUCGGAAAUACGCAAUAUGCUCAGAUUGGUUAGCUGGCCUAACCCUAAUUGUAAACAGUGACAUCAAUAUUUCCUUAUCAAUUUGAGUCUGAAACAGUAUUAUUUGAUUACAGACUGUGGAUCAUUAAGGCAUGUAUAGCAACGUUUCAGCAGUAACAACAUAAACACAGAGCUUUCGUGGUCAUCACGUAACGUCUGGUAAACUCUACGAAGAAUAAGUAACAAGAAAGUCCUUUAAAAGUAGUUUAUUUAUAUAACAAGCAAAAUAAAUAAGUAGAUUACAUAGGAACCCAAAACAUUUGUUAUUUUCGACAAGGUAUUUGUUUAAGAGUUCAGUUUCAGCAACUAGUCGGGCCAGACGCUUAUCGCAUCACCGCACGUGCGCCCGAUGAAAUGGUCUAUAGAAAGAGUGUAGCUAAAUAUCUGUCGCCAGAUACGAGCCCAAUAUAAAAACAAACCGUGGCUUCACUUACUUUGAGUAAACACUACAUAAACGCUCUAAUUAAAUAAUAAUUUACACAGAUCACACAAACUGCAACAUUCUAAGUUCGCUGGUGAGAUUAAAAAGAAGUUUGCAUGUGUUGUAUCUAUUUUUUACAGUCUACGGUUUGUAGGUAUUUGUCAGAUAAUAUGAAUUAGCAUGUAGCUAACUGGCUAGCAGAGCAAAACAGCGCUGUUCUUUGUUUACAUUCAUGGUACAACAUAAAAUGUCAAUAAAUCUAACAGUGUAUGUAGGACUUAUGACGAAUGAUAUGAUUAUGGUUCUCUUCAGACGGACUUAAAACAAACUCCCCUCUCGCUAUUAACUUUUUCUCAUUUUUUUUUUCAGACAGGAAACAGGUAAAACACAUCUUCAAACUCAAAACUUGCGUAAACAAGGUGAGAAAUAAGGUGACAUUUUAUUGUAGCCAACGCUCACGUCCAUAUCGAUAAAUGCCAAGUCUUGCGUGAAAACGGCCGUACACCCAGUUUUCUGUCAUACGCUCGUUUCAUAAAUGAGGCCCAAAGUAUGUUAAAUGUUUUAUGUUUGUAACUGAAUGCUUCAUUUCUGGGUUCAACAGAUGUGGAAAGAAACGUGGUUAUAUUCUGCUGUUGGACAUGAGAUGUGUUUGACUAAUAGUGGCUGUUUGUGGUUGAUGUAUAUCGUAUCGGUGUAAGAGGUG